AAUGUUCCUCCGCGCCACUGAAUCAAUUCUCGGUUUGGGCCUUCUGGCUUACGGCCUUCUCGAAAUCUCGAGAAAUCCGACCUGGUGGGCCUAUACGCCGGUCUACUUGGUCCCGGCGAUCCUCUCCAUCAUUCAAAUUCCACGGAACGCCACGUGGCGCACUCUCUCAUCCCUCUCCAUCGUCGCCGGCGGUCUCUACACGAGUUUUCUGCUGUGGACGUUCUCCUCUGUGGAAUCUAUACCGACGAUCGAUUUGGAAGAAGAAGCCAAGAACCUUCCGCCGGUAGCCCUUGGAGCCCUGCUGAUCAGCUUCAUCCGUCUCACACAGGAUAAGAUCUCCCAGCCGGUGCAUUAUGUCAGAUCUUCGAUUAUUCUCGCUGUCGCUCUCAUUAGUUUUUACGCUUUUAUUUCAUAUUUUUAGUUUUCUUUUCCUCUGAAAAAUAAAUAUUAUUAGCUUU